CACGGAGCCAAUGCGCGUAUUCUCCACGCACUCGGUGCGCGAGUACGACCGCCGCAACGAAGACGUGGACCCGGUGGCCGCGUCGGCCGAGUACGAGCUGGAGAAGCGCGUCGAGAAGAUGCACGUGUUCCCCGUCGACCUGGUCAAGGGCGCCGACGGCCUGGGGCUGUCUAUCAUUGGAAUGGGUGUGGGAGCGGACGCUGGUCUCGAAAAGCUUGGGAUAUUCGUGAAAACAAUCACUGAGAGUGGGGCGGCCGCUCGGGACGGUCGAAUACAGGUCAACGACCAGAUUAUCGAAGUGGAUGGCAAAAGUUUGGUGGGCGUGACGCAAGCGUACGCAGCGUCAGUUCUUCGCAACACGUCGGGCCCGGUGAAGUUCCUGAUCGGGCGCGAGAAGGACCCCGACAACAGCGAGGUGGCGCACCUCAUCCGCCAGUCGCUGGCCGCCGACCGCGAGCGGGAGGAGAGGGCGGGUCGCGAGCGCGCGCGGCGGCAGCAGAGCGAGGAGCAGGAGGAGCGCGCCGCCGAGCCCGCGCCCGCGCGCCACCCCGACAUCAACGACAUGCGCGCGCUGCUGCAGGAGCUGGUGGGCAUGGAAGCCGGUGGCGCGAGCAGCGAACAGAUCAGCGGGCGACUGCGCUCCUGGUGCUCCGUGCGUGCUCCGUCAGACCACCUCGACGCCGCGCACCGCGCGCAGAGGAAGUACGACAAGGCCCGGCGUGCACUGCGGGAGUGGCGGCGCACGCGCGCGAUGGUGCGCGCGCGCGAGGAGUGGUGGAGCGGCUCGCUGCGGGACGCGCACCGCGAGUACGCCGCCGCGCUGUCCGCGCUGCACGACCGCGUCGCGCGCCUCGAGGUGCUGCUGCUGGAGACGCAGAAAAAAGCAGGGCUGCCUGUGAUGUUGCCGCAUGAGCCGUCGGCGCGCCGCGAGACGCCCCCGCUGCCGCGCCGCCCAGACCCCGACCCGCUGCUUAUUAACGAUCCAUGGAGUUCUGACAGCGACUUAUCUGAUUUAUCCCCCGUGGAAGACGAAUACGCGAAGGUGGAUAAAUCGGACCGUCGCCGUGAGGCCCCAGACCUCGGCGACGUGACGGCGACGACGGCGAGCGAGUCGCGGCCGAGCACGACCGCUUCGGACGUUACGGUCGUCAGCACGGCCGCGCCGCCGGCCGCCGUCACCGCCACCGCUGCGGUGCCCGCUCCGGUCGCUACUCCGGCUCCGGCUAACGUCACGGAUAGAUUAAUGGCAUCAUCCACCUCGAGCAGCGGCAUGGCCACGAGCGGGACGAGCAACGGCAACUCGGCAGGCGGCGGCGAGCCAGCCCCGCGUGACGCGCCGGUGUCCCGCGAGCCGCCCGUGCGGGACACGUCGCGGGAGCUGGACGCGGCCGUCCCGCGCGGCGCGCUGCUGGACACGUCGGCGCACCGCGCGCGCACCGACCUGGCGCGCCACCGCCACCACGCGCCGCACUCGCCACACUCGCCGCAUUCGCUCAGCAACGCCAGCUCUUAUGAUGGACUCGACGACUCGUACAACGAUUCGGCUGACGAGUCUCUAAGUGAAUCGACAUCGGGAGCUCCUCCCCACACAGCACACUCCACUAUGAGUCGAGACACUCGGCAAAGCUGCGGCAGUUCCAUAGGUAGCGCGACCGACGACGCCGUGUAUUCCCGCGACCAUCGCCACCACCCGCUGGCCGGUGUGGGCCCGCCCGCGUCGUUGGCCGAGCAGCUGAAGCAGGUGCUGGCGGAGCGCGAGCGGCGCCUGGCGGGCGCGUCGCCGCCGCACCAGCCCCACCAGCCCCACCAGCCCCCGCAGACCCACCAGCCCCACCCGCCCGCGCACCCCCACCCCGACCCCGUGCAGCUCACCAACGAGCUCGUGGACGAGAUCCGCCAGGCCGUCAGCGAGGCCAACGCGAGAGUGAAGAAAGCUCCGGCUUGCGUAGUCGGCGGCGAGGUGCCGUGGCAGCCGCUGUCCACCGCCGUGUCGGAGAGCAGCCUGUCGCCGCCCGCGCCGCCCGGCCCGCCCGCGCCGCACCCGGUCAAUCAUUGGACUAAGCAGCAGGUGUGGCAGUGGGUGUCGGGUCUGGGCGAGGGCUUGGAGCGGCACGCGGGCGCGUUCGCGGCGCGCGGCAUCGACGGCGCGCUGCUGCUGGCGCUCAGCUCGGCCGACCUCAAGCUGCUCGGGCUGCCGGGCGACGAGCGCCGCCGCAUGAAGCGCCGCCUCAAGGAGCUGCGCAGCGCGCACGAGAAGCACCUCAAGGCGCUCAAGAAGGCCGAGAAGAAGGCCCGCAAGAAGUAGCCGCCCCCGCCCACACGUCCCCGACGGAACUCGUGAGUGCGAUAAAGCCUCGAUCACAUGUACCGAGUAAACGGGCGAGACAGUGCUCUCGUAGUAGUAAAUGUAUGAACAUACGCACCGAGUACUCGGCCGAGAGCACUGUCGCGCCCGUUUGCUCGGUACGUGUGAUCAAGGCAUAAGGAACGGUGGCCGGCUGCCUGAGAGCUCUUGUAGCGUCUUGUACAGUCCGCGUCAAAUAGAUCGUGACACCUUUGGGUGUAGCUAAAAAGUUCGCAACACGUCUUUGUUACAAUUGGAAUAA